AGCCUUCACUCGCAUCUCUCACGCAUCGAUCGCAAAUGUCUCCCCUCGCCGCCGCCCGCCUCCUCGCCGUAGCUCUGGCGGUCGCCGCCGUCGCCGCCGCCCCGCAUCCUUGCGUCACCUUCAUGCAGUCGUUCACGCCCUGCACGUCGUACGUAACGGGGCAAGGACCCUCGGUGCCGGUGCCAGUGCCGUGCUGCGACGGCGUGAAGUCCAUGGCCGGCAUGAUGACCACCCGCCCCGACCGCGUCGCCGCCUGCACGUGCUUCCAGGCCGCCGCCGCAAAGAUGCAGGGCAUCGAGUACGGCCGCGUCAUCACACUACCCGGUCACUGCAACGUCGACGUCAUGUUCGACUUCACCCCCGACGUCCACUGCGACACGAUUAAAGCGGCGGCGGUUGGGACGGGAGCCGAGGAGGAACAACACCUUUAAGAUCACGAAGCCAGUGAUCCACUUAUGAAUAAAAAGGAUUUGAAUCUGGAGCAAGAACAGGACUCCCUGUUCAAUUGAAUGUUGAGCUGAAGAACAAAAUGCAAUAAAUAAAGGAUUACAGAAUUUACUUUAAAAAACAUGUGUUGGUUUAGUGUACAUUGAUCUCCUCCUACUCAACCUUUGUGUGUUAGCGGCUUGCCACCGCGGUGGCCGGAGACGGUAGCACCGCCUCUCACUAUGCUCACUGCGGUGGUCGUAGUUGCCGCUGCCCCAAUAACACUAUUGAAGUAUCACUCAUCUUUGAUAGAGGUUUGAUAGAAAACAAUCCAAUUUGUCUUCGACCGCCUCAACUCAU